AUGGCACCAGCAAUCCCUCCAGAGCUUACCUUCGACCUCCAGAACAUCCACACCGCUCUUGAAUAUACUGUCGCCGACCAGGAGGCCCUCGUCAACAUCAUCGGACGCAGAGAGUACCAGCAGUUGGUGAUCAUUGCUCGCCAGUACAAAACCUCGUACGGAGUCGAUCUGGCUGUGGAGCUUGACAAGAAGAUCAUUGGAAGCUUGGGAUCAUUACUCGCCGGUGCCUGCCAGCACAAGGUCCUUGCCGAGGUCCAGUAUCUCCACAAGGCCGGUAAGUCCAACCGCAAGUACGAGACCCUCAGAAAGAAGGACACCGCCAUCGAAGUUUUCUGCGAGAUUCUUGUGGGAAGAACUUCAGAAGAGAUUGCUGAACUCAAGGAGGCUUUCACUGCUGUUCACAAGGCCGACUUGAAAGAGCACGUUCUCUCGUUCUGCAAGGUUAAUGAGACCAAGGCCUUCUUUGUUGCCAUCCUCGAGCCAAAGGAGGAAAAGCCACUGGAGAACGUCGAUGGGGCCAUUGAAAAGUUGCACAAGCUGCUCGAGGCCAAGGACCUCAACGGAUCGCUCCAGUACGUCUCCUCCCUGACCACCGCCCAGCUCAACACCGUCAUCCGCACCUACAACUCUCUCCACCACAAGGCCCACGUCGUCACCACUAUUGACAAGAACAUCGCCCCCUUCCACAAGGGCGAGGUCCUCGACCUGCUCUUAUACACCGUCAUGCAAGCUGGUGACCCUGCUCGCCAUGUCGCCCUUCGCUUCGAGGAGUCGAUGGAGGGUGUGGGAACCAACGAGGAUCAUCUCUCGCGACUUGUGAUCAGAAACCGUGGCAAGUUCAUGGAGAAGGUCAAGGCAGCCUACCAUAUGGACUACAACCGCACUCUUGCCGACCGCAUCCGAGGCGAUACAUCUGGACUUUACAGCCACUUGCUCUGCCAUUUGAUCCACCAGACUAUCUAG